AUGCCCCAACAACCUCUCCAACUUCCCUUCCCCAGCCCUACCCUCGCCGAUCUCGAAGAGACUAUGUGGCCUCGUGAUAGGGAAGACAACUCCGACCAUAGUCCGUUUUUCCUCCCUGGUAUAGGGUACGGUUUCCGUCAUCCUUCUGAAUCGCUCAUACGUUACUGGCCUCAAAAUGCCUUAAUGUACGGAUUCGAGGAGUUCUAUCCUCAACCUCAACAACCGCUCCACCCUAAAAAUCAUUGUCUUCAAUUACCUUAUUUGAACAAUGGGAAGGACAAAGUUAAACCUGAGGAAGUUGUAUAUCCUGCUUUUAUGUACAAGGUUUACAGUUACCUACUGAUCACUCAAGCGUACAAUCCAUUUGGCUCUCCACAUUUGGAUGAGAAGUACGAAGAGGAAGAGUUGUUUACCUCUAGACAUGCCCACAUGCCUCGAUGUCGACGAACUCAAACAAUAUUCGUAACGUGGCAGAUUGAACCUACAACAAAAGAAGCCAUUCUCGGUCCUUGUUGGGGUUGUCUCCGACGACCCGCGUCUCGUCCCUGUUUGGUCGAAGGUGCUCGUAUCCGUCCAUAUAAAUUUGGAGUACCUCAUCGACCGGUGAUGAGGGUCUAUCAUGCUGAUGGAAGACCUCAUCAAUAUGGUCCGCAGAAUAGUCCUGAUAUUCAAAAUGCCACUCGAGAAGAAUUUGAAAGAGCCAGCACGAGUCAUUCACCCUCUGCUGCUCUUGGUCGCCCAAAGACUCCCUUGGGACCUAACAGGAUCCAGCUAGGCCGAAGUCGUCCAAAUUGGAGACCUCGCAGUUCAAAUACGAGCGGAACCAGUGAGAAUGGGAAUACGGACGAACGUUCCCAAAUUGGCACUCAAGAGGAAAGUGAGAUCGAGUUCAAUCAAGCUAUGCAGGAAAGUCUGACGAGAGCUGCGAAGUGA